UUGUAAAGAGGCGUUCAGGAGAACUCAGCUCAUUUGCGGUUUCGGUGUCCUUGUGGAAAGGACACUUGCUUGACUUUUGAGAUACGAGACGGAAGAGGCCGAGGCAAUUUGAAGUGAUGAGUGCCACAGGAGAGCAGAAGGAGAAACCACAGGUACAAGAGAAAAGAGUACAGACCAUGCCAUUGACCAACAUGAGAGAAAGUGAGGAGCAGGCUGGGUUGUCUAGUGUCCUGGAAGCAGGCCAGUCCACAUCCAAGGAGACUAAGCCACCAGAACCUAGUUGCUUAAAAGAAGUGAUGGAUGAAGAAGAGAAGGACAGGUUAAAGAGGGCAUCCCGGAACAAGUCAGAAAAGAAAAGGAGAGAUCAGUUCAAUGUUCUCAUUCAAGAGCUUUGCAGCUUGGUUCAGGGAGAAGGCCAGCCCAUCAAGAUGGAUAAGGCUACCAUAUUACAGAAGACCAUUGACUUUUUACGCAAGCAGAAAGAAAAGGAAACCCAGGAACAAGCUGCUGGUGCCAGAGGGGCCUGGAAACCAUCAAUUCUUAGCAAUGAGGAAUUUACACAGUUGAUAUUUGAGGCAUUGGAUGAGUUUCUGAUUGUCCUAACCACCGAGGGAAUAAUUAUUUAUGUAUCUGAUAAUGUCUCUUCUCUGCUGGGCCAUAUACCGUCAGAGCUGGUAUACCAGAAUAUAUUAACCCUUCUCCCUGAGCAAGAGCACGAGGAAGUCUUCAAGAUACUCUCUCCACAGACAAUCCUGCCAGCCCCUGUCACUGCUGAUUUUCUAAAUGAAAAACGAAUUGAGUUUUCCUGCCAUUUAGCAAGAGGAAGAGUGAACCCUAAUGAUCCUGUGAUUUAUGAAUCUGUGAAAUUUUUUGUGGAUUUUAAAUACCUUUCUCAUGUGCCUAUACCAUCCUGUGGUGACUUUGAGACCGUGGUUGCCAAGGUGUUCAGUUCCCCCACGGAUGAGCCACUUUGUCUGGUAGCAACAGUUCGCCUCAACUCAUCCCAUCUUUUAAAGGAAGUUUGCGCUGUGGAAGAAGCUGGUGAAGAAUUUACCUCAAGACAUAGUUUGGAGUGGAAGUUUCUCUUCUUGGAUCAUAGGGCCCCACCCAUCAUAGGUUACCUACCCUUUGAGGUGCUGGGAACGUCAGGCUACGACUAUUACCACGCUGAUGACUUGGAGCCUCUCGCCAGGUGCCACGAACAAUUGAUGCAGUUUGGAAAAGGAAAGUCCUGUUACUAUCGGUUCCUGACAAAAGGCCAGCAGUGGAUUUGGUUGCAAACUCAGUAUUACAUCACUUAUCACCAGUGGAAUUCCAAGCCUGAAUUCAUUGUUUGCACACACACUGUAGUUAGUUAUGCCCAGAUUCAGGCUGAAAGAAGAAAAGAACUUGGGCUUGAAGAGCCAUCGGCAACAGAAAUGGCCACUGUACCCUUCGAGAGUUCUAAUAGUUUCACGGAUAUCUCCCAGUGUGGAAACAGCCUGGACGUGGGUAGAGAGAGAGCAUCUGGGUCAUCCCAUGGCUCCUGCAGGCCAUCCGUCACGGUCCUAUCCAGUUCAACCUCCAAAUUGUCACUGCAGCCCAAAAAAGCCAGCAAGACACCAGUGAGGUGGGCUCUGCCCAUGGAGCAACCAGCUAAGACAUUUGAUGAGGCAUUCUCUGGGGAGGUAGCCACCACCAGCAGCAGCAGCAGCAGCAGCAAAAGCAACGAGGGCCUGGAGUUUCUCCAAACCUUCACUGAGCAUCUCGCCGCACACCAUGUGGCCUCAAGGAGAAUACCCAUGGUAUCUUCUGAACCAGAAGCUAUGCCUAUAUUGCCCUCCCCAGAGGAGCUUGGGGCUAUGCAGCAGCUCAACGAAGAACUGGAAGGACAAACUCGGGUGUUACAGGCUGACAUAGAAACCCAGAGGCAGGAACUCCACGCAGUCAAGAAAUGUCUGCAGACUGUGGAAGAUCCUGACUUCCAGAUGCUGUUAGACCCACCUGCACCAUUGAACUUCAAGCCUCCCAAGCCCCUGAAAUCAAAAAAGGCAUCCCAGUGGCGAACCAGAGUACCUAAGACAGCAACAAAAUCCCAGUCUCGUAUCUUAGAGCCCAAACCUUACAGAAGCUCAACUAUACCUUCAGUCCAGUUCCUUGGGGAGCCUUGCAUUUCUCCCAACGAGCAGCAGCAGCAGCAGCAGCGUGUAAUAAAUGAAAAUGAGAUACAGGAAAUAUGUCUGCCAGAGAACACUAGAAUCUCCAUGCCUCUCUAUGAUGACCCCAUGUUGUUUUCUGAGACAUACUCCAUCACAGUUUCGGCUGAACUGCCCAUUGAUUUCAUUCAACAGCCAAUUGAGUACGAACAAGAUAUCACUCUUGGGUUUCUCCAAGAUGAUCGGCGUCUGCCUUCUCCUUCAGCAUUUACUCCAACCAUGUUCAUUCCAACCACUGACUUAGCCAUCCUCGACACACAGCAGCUACCUGUCCAUCCGUGGGAGCCACCCCAGGUCCCCCAGAGUGAGGUCUGCCUUCAGAUUCAUACUCCUGAGACAGUCCAGGAAAGUCAGACCCCAGGGACACCCCAACUAUUGCAGUCACCCUCUGUGGGCUAUUUCCGGCAUCCCCAGCAGCCCGACACAGAGUUGUCCGACAUGUAGGCUCCGUGACGGACAGGGCUGUAGCGAUAAGAAGAAUGCUAGCUAGAGCCCAUGGCAAAGCAAGUUGCAAGGGGGAGUGGAAGCUCCUGGAGUAGAAGAACCA